AUGAAGACAGCCGAGGAGAAUAAAACUUGUCAGUCAAUAGAGACGAGGAUAAAAAUCGAAAAUACCGAGGAACAACUCGAAGAUGCCGAGGAGCAUAUCAAUCAACCAAUUACAUCACAGGAAGACAUUAAAGAAGAAAUUACCGAGGAGAACACCUCGAGACAAAUAAACAAAGAAGAAUUUACCGAGGAGAACACCUCGAGACAAAUAAACAAAGUGGAAAAUGCCGAGGAGCAAAACGAAGAGGCCAAUAGGUCAAAAAUAGACGAACAACCAAUCAGGGAGGAGAUAGGCGAAAAAGCCGAGGAGAACGCCGAAAAGCGUAAUAAACUAAUUAACCAAUCCGAAGAGGACUACAUUGAAGAUCAAAUAAUUGAAAUGGAAAGAGAGAUAAGUGAAAAAUUAAGUGAUAUCAAGAAAGAAGAAGUGGGGGAGCCUUUCGAUAAGAAAGAUGUCUCCUUCAUACACAUCAAGAGGGUCCGUACUUACCUGAGGAGCGGAGAUGAAGAUUCCAGCGACGAUCCGGGAAAACAAGACGACCUGAAACAUAAAAACAAGAGAUUAAAAUCAAAUAGUGAAGAUAAAGAAGAUACUUACCAGAGGAGUGAAAACGAAGCAGAAGAUUAUAAAGAAGAUUCAGAAAAUGAUGACAGCUAUGAAAAAUGGAAGAAAUUAAAAGAUUAUUAUAAGGAUUCCAGUGACGAAUCAGAUGAAGAGGAAGAAUAUAAUAGAUGGAAGAGGAGAAAAAAGCAAGUAAUGGAGAUAAUUAGGAGAAACGAAAACUACCGAGCUGAAAAAUGCCGAGGAGAAGGAGCGGUGGAACACGAAAACUCGAAACCAGCGAACGUUGCGAAUCCCGCGACGAAAGUCAAAUCGCUAUUGGCGGAGAGGUUUCACUUAGCAUCCUGCAGUCAACUGACUGAUUCUGAAACAGAAAACGAAGAGGAGGAUAAUAAUUCGGAAAACAAAGACACCGAAGAUAGAAAUGACCAACCAGAGUCAACCGAUAAAAUUAUGUUAAGUGAGAGUAGUAUGAGUGAGGGAGAAGAGCGAGAAAUCGCAAAUUGCUUCAAUCAGAUUCAAGAAAUAAUAAAUAGAAGAUUCAACGGCGAAAAUGUCAACAACGACAGCCAACAACGCGAAAAUGCGAACCAACAACCAGAGGAUAAUUCAUCCGACGGACAUAGUCGAAAUGACGAAAAUAACGAUAAUCAACCGGAGGAAAAUGAAAAUUUAAACGGAAAAGAAGAAAGAACGAUUGAAUCGUCAAGAGGAUCAACGAGAUCGUACAACAGCGAAUUAGAAGAAGAAUUAUUUUUAGAUAUGCAAGAUCCAACGGAAAUUAAUUACUCAGAUCAAGAAAGGAUAAACAUUAUGUCCUACAACGUUAAAUUUCGAAGCAAUCCAGGACAUUGGAUAUGCGAGCCAAUCAACGGCGAGUUAGAAGUUGCAGUGAGCGACGACUAUGAAGAAGCCUUAACGCAUGUGCGCGACACAUUGCGCGGCGAGCGCCAUAACGGCAGAUACGUUCGAGCAGCCGUGGUAGACGGACACUCGACAGAUGACAACAGAUUUACGCACAGAUACACGUGUGACGACAGCGAGACCAAGUUCAACGGUCGAAAUAACAACAAUCACAGCAUGGAGAAGGAAAGAAGACGAAUGGAAAGAUGGGAGGAGGAUCUCCAGAAGAGGAUCGAAGAACAUUCCAACCAAAGAAGGAUGUUAAAAGUGCGCGAAGAUAGGCUAACCUUUAUGGAAAAAUAUGCCAGAGAAUUAUCACCGAUCAACCUCAACGUGGAGGAAUACAACAGAGAAGAGAAGGAGGCGCAAAACAGAUCGAUCGAAGUAAUUAAAAAGUGCGAAGCAGCGAGAGGAAAAAACAUUUUCGACGUAGCAGAUCACCAAGUGCGUGACGAAAACGGUAAAGCCAUUGCCGAGAUUAAAACAAUAUUCAUAGUGAGAGACUUAAAACCGCACGACGACAAACGCGAAUAUACGUAUCGAAUCAACGCGACGAUAAGCCGAGGAACGGCCGAAGUCAAGAUACAAGCGCACGAGAAGACUUUAACGUCAACGAGGGCAAUCACGUCAGCGAGCACAGCGACGACGGCGAGUGAAGAAUCGCAGCCCAAGAUAAUAGUGUUACCGCAACAAACAGAGGUACAGCAACAACAACAACAAAUACAACAGCCGCAAUAUAUUAUCCUACCGUCAGGAGACGUGGGAAUGCUGAGAAAGAUAGCACCAAAACCAACGACGGAUUCGCAUCAGCCAAUCACGGCCAAGCAUCCGAUCGGCGCAGACAAACGUAAGAGAAGCGGCGAAUCAGAACGCAGAGAUCACAAGAAGAAAAAGUCAGGUACACCGAUCAUCAAAUCGAUCAUAAAAACCAAGUCACCGCAGAAGCCGAAGACGAGAAAGACGGCGGAGAAAGCGAAAAAAAGAAUCAAAAGAUGUACCGAAGAAGACGACAAAUCGAGCGAGGAGGAUGAAAUCAGCCAAUACCUUCCGACUAGAACCGACGAGAUUAAGACUUCCGUCCUAAAGAAGAUCUUUAUCACGGAAGUGCCGAGGAGAAUGAAGUCGCUAGGUGAACCUGCCACUUCAUCGUCGGGUUCCGGUCGAAACGCACCGGUAAUCGCACAACCCACGGAGGACUACCCCGAGGACGAGCCGAACCAGGGGAUGUCGGGAACACCGCGACCGGCUAGCGUAGCAGCAAACGAGGAGGUCAAGGACGCCAGCUUCGAGAGCGUCGAGAUCGGCGAGAUCCUGCAGCGAAUCCCGGUCAAGGUAGCUCAGGUGAUCGCGGAGAGCGAGGCGAAACAGCCCGCUGGACAAAGGGCAGUUCCGGAGGACGACGACGAGCCACCGAUCCAACAAUCCCAGGCGGAAGGACGGCAGGACGAGUCAGGACCGAGAGCCAGCCAAUAG